ACACGACCAUUGUCUCCAUCAGUUCAGUGUUAGCCGUGCUGUGGAACGGCAAAUUAGAAAAACACUGAAGAGCAGACAACACAGGAGAACAGCUCGUUAUAUCGGAAUAAGGAAUUUCAUAUAACAAUUUUUGGAUUAACGGAUUGUGCGAAAGGAUAAUUGUAGCGAAACGCGAAAAUGUCAGCUGCUACGGCUACAGUGCAGGAGACCAUUACGCAGGCAACGCAGGCCAGCGGUGGAUUGGGCGCUUUGUGGACAGCACUGAUUGGUGUUGUGCUGGUGGCGGCCUUGUACGAGUAUUGGCGUCGCAGUUCGCGCGAAUAUCGCAUGACCAAGAACAUACCCAGUCCACCGGAAUUGCCCGUUCUGGGUAAUGCUCAUUUGGUGUUGGGCUGCUCGAAUGCGGAGAUUGUGGCCAAGGGUAAUACCUACCUCGAGCAGUAUGGCGAAACAUUGCGCGCUUGGUUGGGUCAUGUGCUCGUUGUCUUCCUUACCAAUCCCAAUGAUAUUGAGAUUAUUUUGAGCAGCAACAAUCAUCUGGACAAGGCCGAAGAGUAUCGCUACUUUAAGCCAUGGUUCGGUGAUGGCUUGCUAAUUAGCAGUGGUAAUCAUUGGCGUCAUCAUCGCAAAAUGAUUGCACCCACCUUCCAUCAAAGCAUUUUGAAGAGUUUUGUGCCGACUUUUGUGAAACACUCCAAGAAUGUGGUGGAUCGCAUGUCCAAGGAAUUGGGCAAAGAGUUCGAUAUUCACGAUUACAUGUCACAAACUACCGUCGAGAUCUUGCUCACCACUGCGAUGGGUGUGAAGAAGAUACCCGAAGGUAACAAGAGUUUCGAAUAUGCCAAGGCGGUCGUCGAUAUGUGCGAUAUCAUACACAAGCGUCAGGUGAAGAUGAUGUACCGUUUGGACGCCAUCUACAACAUGACGAAAAUGCGUCAAAAGGGCGACAAGAUGAUGGACAUCAUCUUGGGCAUGACCAGACGUGUGGUGAUGGAUCGCAAAGCUAACUACAAUGCUGAGGGCAACACUAUCGUGGAGGAAUUUGAGGAACCGCUAAAGAAGACCGCCGCCAAGAAGGUUGGAGGUCUGCGUGAUGACUUGGACGAUAUCGAUGAGAAUGAUGUGGGUGCUAAGCGGCGUUUGGCGCUCUUGGACGCCAUGGUGGAAAUGGCUAAAAACCCCGAAAUCGAAUGGAAUGAGAAGGACAUUAUGGAUGAGGUCAACACGAUUAUGUUUGAGGGUCACGACACCACUUCGGCUGGUUCGAGUUUCGCUCUAUGCAUGAUGGGCAUGCAUAAGGACGUGCAGGAGAAGGUGUUCGCCGAGCAGAAGGCCAUCUUUGGUGAAAAUUUGCUGCGUGAUUGCACCUUCGCCGACACCAUGGAAAUGAAAUAUUUGGAACGUGUCAUUAUGGAAACGCUGCGCAUGUAUCCGCCAGUGCCAUUGAUUGCGCGUCGUCUUGAUAGCGAUGUCAAAUUGGCAUCUGGUCCCUAUUGCGUGCCAAAAGGUACCACCGUUGUGGUGUUGCAAUACCGCGUGCACCGUCGUCCCGACAUCUAUGCCAAUCCGGACAAAUUCGAUCCCGAUAAUUUCUUGCCCGAACGCAUGGCCAAUCGCCACUAUUACAGUUUCAUUCCAUUCAGCGCCGGUCCACGCAGUUGCGUCGGCCGCAAGUACGCCAUGCUCAAGCUGAAGGUGCUGCUUUCCACCAUCAUUCGCAAUUACACGGUGCACUCCAAUGAAACCGAAGCUGAUUGGAAGCUGCAGGCCGACAUCAUACUGAAACUGGAGAAUGGUUUCAAUGUGGUGCUGGAGAAACGUCAGCCGGUGGUGGCGAGUAGACGAUCAGUUUAUUGCAGUAGUGCUAGAAGUGCAGUAGACAACACUGCGAUGGACACAUUGGAACUACUUAACACAACACGAAUAGCAACAAACCAUGUUGCACUGGCCAAGGAGCGCAUCUUGCCCAAUCCAUUGUACAUCACCUUGAUCGGUGUGGUGCUGGCUAUAACACUUUACGAUAUUUGGUAUCGCCACACAGAUGUCUACAAGAAGCUAAGGACUAUACCGGGACCGCCGAUCUUGCCGUUGAUUGGCAAUGCCCACUUGCUUGUGGGUCUUACACCAACUGAGAUAGUGCAAAAAGCUUUGAUCUACAUGAAUCGAUAUGGCGAAACGAUUAGCGGUUGCUUCUUCAACUUUAGACUUGUCUUCCUAACUAAUCCGGCUGACAUUGAAAUUAUUCUAAAUAGUCACGUUCACUUGGAAAAAUCCUAUGAGUAUAAAUUCUUUCAGCCAUGGUUUGGUGACGGGCUACUCAUUAGUAAAGGCAAUCAUUGGCGUUAUCAUCGAAAAAUGAUUGCACCUACUUUUCAUCAGUCCAUUCUCAAGAGUUUCGUGCCGACUUUUGUUAAACACUCACAAAAUAUUACGCAACAAUUUGAGCAAAAAUUGCUGGGUCAAGAGUUCGAUGUGCAUGCGCAUAUGAGUCAAACUACGGUGGAAAUUUUACUUAGCACAGCAAUGGGUAUGAAAAACUUACCCACCGGCAAGGAAUGUGCUAAAUAUGCAGAGGCGGUAAUUGAAAUGUGUGACGUCAUACAGAAACGUCAGACGAAGCCGCACUACCAUUUCGAUGCCAUCUAUCGUUUGACGAAAUUGCGUCAAAAAUGCGAUCGUAUGAUGAAUAUAAUUUUGACGCUAACGAAGCGCGUAAUCGCAGAGCGCCGUGAAAAUUUCAAUUUGGAGACAGAUGGUGUGCUGGACCAACAGGAUGCGCUAAAUGAGGUGGUUGGCAAGAAGAAGGAAGUGCUGCGUGAUGAUUUGGAUGAUAUCGAUGAAGAGGAGAAUGUUGGUGCUAAGCGUCGGUUGGCUUUGUUAGACACAAUGGUGGAGCUGGCAAAGAAUCCUAGUAUUCAAUGGACCGAUAAGGAUGUGAUGGAUGAAGUGAAUACGAUUUUGUUUGAGGGUCACGACACCACCUCCGCGGGUUCAAGUUUCACACUCUGUCUACUCGGUAUCCACAAGGAUGUACAAGAAAGAGUCUUUCAAGAGCAAACACAAAUAUUCGCCGAUAAUUUGCAAAGAGAUUGCACCUUCGCCGAUGCACAAGAAAUGCACUACUUGGAGCGCGUAAUUAAAGAGACGCUUCGUCUCUAUCCACCAGUACCGGUUAUAGCGCGCAAAGUGAACGAGGAUGUGCCACUUGCAUCGGGGCCCUACAUCAUACCGAAAGGCACUACAGUUGUGAUAGGCCAAUAUGCCGUACAUCGACGACCGGAAUGCUAUGAGAAUCCCGAAAAAUUUGAUCCGGAUAAUUUUUUGCCCGAAAAUAUGGCAAAACGUCACUACUACAGUUAUGUGCCCUUCAGUGCCGGUCCACGCAGCUGUGUCGGACGUAAAUAUGCUAUGUUGAUGCUGAAAAUAUUGCUGUCGACUUUGGUGCGCAAAUUUCAUAUUCACUCAAAUGUGGAUGAGUCGCAAUUUGAUUUGCAAGGGGAUAUCAUCUUGAAGUUGGCUAAUGGCUUUAAAGUUGUGCUCACGCUGCGGGACGUGUAAUUGUGUUUAAGGUAUGUAUGUAUGUAUUUUUUUUACCAUAUACAUACAUACAUAUAUUUACUAUAUAUAAAUACGCAAUCGGAGAGACGUGGGCGCUGAACUAUGCUAAGUAAUCGAAUGUUUGUUGUUUUUGCAUUACAUAAAUAUGAAUAAAGUUUGUAUGUGUAUGUGUUUUAA